UCUCAUUCCCUCACUCUCAAAUGAAUUCCUUAAACCCUUCUCCAAUUUUGCAGUGAAACACGCCACCCUCAGCCCCCUUCCUUCCGUAUCCUCGGCCGUCCUUCCAGCAAGUCGACUCCCCUGCCGCUGCUGCCGUGGACGUGUUCUCGCUGUCUUCUUUCUCAGCAACAUAAAACUUAGUUUACUUUGUCUACCAGAAUGCCACGGAAACCAAAAAAGAAUAAUCGACUAGUUACCUUUUCCCCAUUUGGUCGGUCGAUAGCUAUGGCUACUCGGAGUUGGAGGGCCACAAAAGAGGUUGAGAAGCCCGAGCGACAAAAUAAAGAUUUAGCAACCUCUUCCCUUAAUGGAUUCAAAGACAAUAUCAAAGAUAAAAUCCAGCAGUCUGACUCUUCUGAUGAUGAAGAAUUUGAGGGGGAUGUUCAAGCAGAUUUUGUUUUCUUUGAUCCAAAGCCUGAUGAUUUCCAUGGGGUGAAGCUCCUCUUGCAGACUUACCUUGAUAACUUACAGUGGGAUCUGAGUGGCUUUGUCGACUUAAUAUUGGGUCAGCCGACUGUUGGCACUGUAGUCAAGAUUGAGAAUGAUGAAGAUGAUGGAGUAUAUUCUGUUGUUUCUGCUCUCAAUUUAGGGAGAUAUAAGGAUAGCAAAUGUGUGCUUGAACUCAAGGAUUUCUUGCUUAAAGUGUGCCAGGAUAUGUAUGUGUUGGGAAAACUCAAGUCUUUAGUUGGAGAGCAUGUUCAACAUGUUGGUCUCUUAGUAUCACAGCGUGUUGUAAAUCUCCCACCUCAGCUUUUGCCUCCACUUUAUGAUGGUCUCUUUGAGGAAGUGGAGUGGGCUACAGAAGAUGAGCCUACCAAAGAGCUCCAGAGUUCCUUCCGCUUCAGAUUUUAUCUAAUAAUUAGCAAAAUUUACAAGCACAAAAAUGCAGACCAGAACAGAGGGACUCUGAAAAAUGGAGAAGAAAGUGUGAUUUACAACAGACCUGAAGAUGAAAUUUUCUUUGAGCUUAGCUCAUGGUCAUUCAGUUUUCGCCUACAUGCACAGCAGGUUACUGCUAAUGAGCUGAAGAACUAUCGGCCAAUGGGUUUAGUGAUGGCUGUUGAAGCUUGUAAGAUAUCAAGUUUCAGGGAACAGUUGCAUUUGUUGAUAGAUGAAUGAUACCAUAUGAGGUUUCAGCAGUGGGUACUACGAAUAGUUGUUCCACAUUUCAAGUCUGCAAAGAUAGAUGCACCGAAGAAUGGGCAGACCUCUACAAGUCGAAAUGUGCCUUUUAUAACUUUAUAAUCGAAAGAAAUUUUGGUUAGUCAGAUGUAUGUGUUCAUGCUGUUUUGAAUUUGUGCGUUUUUAGCUGCAAAUCUCUUGGGAAGCUACGAGUUGCCGAUGCAAAUUGCACUGCUCUCUCUGCUCACAGACAGCAGUAUGGAUUGCUUUAUUCAUGCUCAAAUUUUAUUAAUUACCAAGGAGUAGUAUUUAGUCACUCAAGGUUCAUCAUCUUUUACAAAACAUCCAAGUCCUUACAUUCUUUCUAUUUUAUACCCCAUGUUGUAUGAUCUUUUCCCCUAGCAUUGUCUUCAAAGUGUUGACUGAAUGAGAUCCAUGUGUAAUACUUAGUAAUAUACUAAGAAAUAUCGAUUAGAAGCUAUAGUAGAAUGGUGGGGCUAUUCUAUGGUAGGUUAAGCUAUUGCCUAAUGUGCAUGUGAUCCCAUUACUUUCUCAA